AUGGAGAACCAACAUCCGUCGCACAGACAUGGAAAUAGCCAAGACUACGAUACACCGAGGAAGAGCACUGCUUCAAUCAACGCCGUUAGCGAUGAAAGUCAGCAUACGAGUACCAGCGAUUCGAAAGAACAAUACACCUCAACUCAACACUUCUUCCGCUCCAUUCGAAGAUACAUCUGGGACGAUCCAGACAAACCGAAACACGAGAAGAGGUUCUUGCUCAAGCUUGAUUUCUAUCUGCUCACCUAUGCAUGUCUAGGUUACUUUUGCAAGAACUUGGAUCAGCAGAACGUUAGCAACGCAUAUGUCUCCGGAAUGAAAGAGGCGCUUCAUAUGAAUGGCAACGAACUUACAUAUUUGAGCAACGUCUUCACCGCCGGAUACGUUAUCAGUCAACUUCCAGCGGUCAUCUUGGUUACGAAGCUACGGCCGUCUCAUGUCAUCCCAACUCUCGAAUGUCUUUGGGCAAUCUUCACCUUCUGCUCCGCUGCUGUGACUUCAGUCCCUCAGCUGUAUGGUUUGAGGUUUCUCAUCGGUUUCUGCGAAGGAGCUUUCUUCCCAUGCAUCAUUUAUCUGAUAGGUUCAUGGUACACCAAGCAUGAGCGAGCGAAGAGAACUACACUGUUCUACUGUACUGCUUCAUUGGCGCACAUGUUCUCUGGCUAUGUCCAAGCAGCGGCAUACGACAACCUCGAUGGCAAAUUAGGUCACCAGGGUUGGCAGUGGCUGUUCAUCAUCUGCGGCAUCAUCAGUCUGCCCGUCGGGGUGAUCGGAUACUUCUUCAACCCUGACUUUCCUGAGAACACCAAAGCCUUUUACCUGAGUAAGGAAGAAGCCGAGUAUGCAAGACAAAGACUCCUUGUGGAUGGCUACACACCUCUUGGAUCCGAAUCGUCGAAGUGGGAUAAACAAAAGAUAUUGCGCAUAGCUACGACUUGGCAGUUCUGGGUUCUGUCCUUUGGCUACUUUUUCGUACAGUCCAGCCACCCCUCUCAACAGCCUUUCUACUCGCUAUGGCUCAAGGCUGAACAUCACAGCGUAUAUGAGAUCAAUGUGUGGCCUACCGGUCAAUCAGCAGUUGGUGCUGUCACUCAGAUCAUCGCUGGCAUGCUGUCAGACUCGCCUUUGCUAGGCGGCAAAAGAUGGCAAACCAUAGCAAUACUCCAAGGUGCGUCUUGCUUCGGCACUCUGGUCCUGGCUAUCUGGAACGUUCCUCUGGGUCUCAAGUAUUUUGCCAUGUACAUCAGUUUCACCUCUGCUGGUGUACCGGGGCUGUUUUACUCCUGGUUCCCAGAUCUGAUGCCACACGACCAUGAGAUGCGCGGUUUCUUGACUGCGUUCUCGAAUAUGUUCUCUUACAUCAACCAAAUUUGGUUCACCGAUGCAGUUUGGAGAACUGAAGAAUCACCAAAGUUUCGUCCUGGUUUUAUUGCUGCGGCAUCGUUCAGUGUUGCACUCAUACUGACGGUGUGUCUGAUACGGGUCCUGGAAAAGCGAGACGCGAAGAAGGAGCACAAAACGACAGAAGUAGCUAUUGGAGCCGAAGAUGCUGUUGCUCCGGAGAUGCUGGCCGAUCCGGUUCACAUAGCUUGA